AAAUUGUAAAUAUGAAACCUUCUGAAACCAUUGAGUUUGGACCUAACACUGGAAUAACUAUAACAUGUCAGUAUAAUUUAGGAAAGUCUUUUCAGUUUGUUCUCGUGCAAAACUACAAUGAUAUUGUUUUCCAAACUGAUUUUGACCAGGCGGAAGGAAGGUUUAAAAUAACAGUCAGGCGAAAGGGUUUCCACUGUACUCCAUUUAAUGGUUCUAAAGGUCAGAUUACCUGCUGGAAAUUUAAUCCCACUUGUGAUGAUGCGACACACUAUACAUGUAAAUCAGAUAAAGAAAGAUCAACAUCUAAGACUUUAAAAGUGGGAUCUCAAAUGAAUACACUGAAAAUUCUUAACCCACCAAUUGAAGUGGACAAGCCUUUGAUCUUCAUAUGUUCAGCAAAUAUCGGUGUACCAAAAACUUCAACUUACUUUGUAUGGUUUGAAAGAACACGCGUUCGAGUGAAUGCAUUUCCAGAUUCCGUAAACGCUGUUCAUCGUGGAAAGUGUUUCAAUCUAGCUGUGUCAACUUUUAAUUAUACUUUAGCUUUCUCCGACGCUGGCUCAGCAAAUAUCACAUGUUUUCUGAACGGCAGAACACUCACUGAACGACUCACCCCAACAGAAUGGGAGAGAAUAAUAAUCGCAGAUAAUGCAGGUUACUGUUCGAUGAACACCUUCUGCGAAACUUCCAAGUUACAGUCAACUCACAGUUUCCCAGAAAUAAAUAUUUAA